AUGAUUGACAUCACCACAGUUCCCACCCGUUCUCUGACGUGCCCCUUUCCUCUUGUGGCGCUGGAUGCAGCGGCGUUCCACGAAACUCCGACGUCACGGUUGCUGUUGCUUCUGGUUGGUCGGGACAGAGCGUGCGUUGCGUCGCUGCAGGAUCACAAGAUUUGUCUUCGCAGAGUUGUCUUGCAGUAUCACCGCACAUUGACGGCCGGUGCAUGUCGUUCUAUGAACUCUAAGGACGGGCAUAUAUUUGCGUUGGCCGACACUUCUUCUACUUUGACAGUGCAUCGCGUUCCUAAUUUGUCAAGUGGUGUGGUGCCUGUUGACCAGGAGAGUGGCACCGUUUUUUUGGGCAACGCAUGGGAUAAGGCUUCUCGGAUUGAUCAAGUUGUUUCUAUACAGGGCAGCAGUCAGGUGGACGUUAUAUGCACGCGGCAGGGUGAAACGAAUGUGGCAUGGGCAAUAUCGUUUGAGCGAGAGGAGGCGCGCAUGAUCCGAGUUGACGGCGACUUGGAGCGACUAUUCCCACAACAGGAAAUUACUCCGGGUUGUUUUGUGGGUGGUACACCACACGGUGUAUCACUUAUUUCUCCUGCCACAGGGGAAACAUUGAUACAACUCAAACUGCCGAGCGGGAACAGACCUGCCGAGGCUGUGCAGUCGGGCUAUGCCGGGAAUUCAUAUUAUUAUGCAGUGGUAACGGCUUGCGGUACCGCCCUCAUGUACGAUCAACGCCGCAGUGAGAAGCCAUUUUGGUCAAAGCCAUUGUGGGACUCACGUAGUGUUAAUGAGAAUGGUGACGCUGGAACGCUUAUGGCAUAUUGUUGUGAGGGUGUCUGGGCUGUUCGUGCCGCUGAAAGGCUUCACUGCCUACGCUGCACCGAGGGCUCUGUUGUGUGUCGCUCUUUUCCACUUCCUGGAGGAUUACACUCGUCGCAGUUUACCACCGCGGGUCUUCACUUCACAAAUGACGUUCUUCACUUUGUGGGAACUAACAAUUUUUGA